GCCGCGCGCGGGUGGACACGUCCCUUUGUGCGCGCCUGGGGCUGCGCGCUUCCUAAAGCGUAGCGUCCCGGCAGCAUGAGUGGCUCGGGGGCAGCCGGAGCGGCCGCCCCUGCCCCGCCGGCACAGGAUGAGGGCAUGACGUGGUGGUACCGCUGGCUGUGCCGCCUGGCGGGCGUGCUGGGGGCCGUGUCCUGUGCUAUCUCUGGACUCUUCAACUGCGUCACCAUCCACCCUCUGAAUAUCGCAGCUGGCGUGUGGAUGAUCAUGAACGCCUUCAUCCUGUUGCUGUGUGAGGCGCCCUUCUGCUGCCAGUUUGUGGAGUUUGCAAACACCGUGGCUGAGAAGGUGGACCGGCUGCGCUCCUGGCAGAAGGCCGUUUUCUACUGCGGGAUGGCCAUCGUCCCCAUCAUCAUGAGCCUGACCCUGACCACACUGCUGGGCAACGCCAUCGCCUUUGCCACCGGAGUGCUGUACGGACUCUCUGCCCUGGGCAAAAAGGGUGAUGCCAUUUCUUAUGCUCGGAUCCAGCAGCAGAGGCAGCAGGCAGAUGAGGAGAGGCUGGCUGAGACUCUGGAGGGAGAGCUGUGAAGUGAGGCAGGGGCAUUGCCUACUGUCAUUGGGUUUUGUGUGAAGUCUGGAGAAGGCUGAGUGUCAACUCCGUUAAAUGGCCUGGAAGCAGAGUCCCUGCAAGUCCCCAUGCCUCAAGUCUUCUGGGCCUACCCUCUUCUCUGGACCUACUGAGCCUGGAGCUCCUGCCCCGCUGGUACUGAAGACCUGGGCCAUAGGAUGGAUGGGAUGAACUCAGUCCUGUCAGCCUGUGGUGCAGACUCCUGUGCUGGUUGCCCUUCGCAGACCUAAGAGCAGCCACUCGUGAACAUUCUGCUCCUCACUUGGUUAAGAGGCUGAUCCCCAGGCUCCUGCCACUUCAGGCUUCAUCCUUUUUAGAUCUGUGCUCGCUGGCAGGUGAUGCUCCAGUUCUGCCCAUGCACCUGUCCUCAGCGCGGAGGAUGAGUACAGCAUUGUCCUGAGGAGCAGGAGAGAUGGCUGGUCCUUUGAGAAUCUACAGCUUCCAGGAUGCAGCUUCCUGGCCAGAAGAGUAGCCUUGGCAGAGGCCAGAGGGUUGGGUGGAAGUUCCCUGGUGCCUUGGACAGGCUAUUUCAGGACACCUUGCUGUUCCAUCUCCCACGGGCCUUACCCUGACCUCCAGGUUCUGCCUCUCCCCCAGCUCAGGUUUUGGUGCUAGGAAGUGUGUGUGUUUGUGUGUGUCUGUGUGGGUGUGUUGGGUGUGUACUGCUAGCCUGCAGUGAAAACUUCUUUGUCAGUGGUUACAGGCUCACUAUUAAUAGGGAUUGACCUCAGGUAUUCCUCCCAACCUGCCUCUGGCAUCCUGUAGCCUUUGACGAACUGGGCAGAGACCAUCUCUCACACAGAGCUGUCUCAGGUACCAGACCAUGACGAGUAAGCCUGCGUGGCUAGGGUUUGGAGAGCUGCUACCCUGAACAUGGCAUACCCUGGCUGUCCCUCAUCCUUCCUCUGCACUGCGGUCUUUCCCUACCGUCCUGUGAUACUGGCACUAGUGGCUAAUUAGAUGGAUCCUUAGCUGUUAGGCGGCACAUGCGUGGUGGCCUGGCUGAGGAUGACGUGGAAAAUGCUAAGCCUUGCCUCCCUCCUGCACUAGACCUUCAACUGGGCCUGCUCCAUGGGACCCAGCCCCGGAGUUGUCCAGUUUCUAGGGACUCUAGGUCACCAGUGUUUGGGGCCAGGAGUAGUGGGUAUUCUAUUUAGGGUAGAGGCGCUUUGAGCUGUGGGCUCUGGGGGCAGCAGUAGUUUUCCAGAGAGCCUGGCCAUGCUGAACCCCAGAGGAGCAGAGAUGUCACAGUGUAGCUGGCGUGGUGGAACAUAUAUCUCCAGGAUUCAUCCGAGGCUAUUUUUCUCAAGCAGGAGUGGGCUUCAAGGGCUCUGUGUGUGUGUGUGUGUGUGUGUGUGUGUGUCGGGGCCUGUGUUCACAGUUAAGACCUGUCUACCUCCCAGGAGGAGCAAGGCCCUACCUGCCCCUCUGGUUACGUGUAUCGGCAUGAGAUUCAGGUCCCUUCUGCCCCUGGCAGUGGAACUCGCUGGCUACAUCUAUACUAAGAUUGUACCCCACUGGAGAAACCCAUUUUGUACUGGGUGGGCAUGGGGUGGGGUGUAAAGGUAGAGGCCCUCAGACAUAGACCAGAGUGGGACAGUCACUUACAUUCUGAGGUUCCUGGAAGCACAGUGGCUCUGGAGCCCAUUGCCUUGCCUCUGAACAUGGGCACUGUCUUGCCCAGACUAGGCCCCAUUCUUGCCUGUGUAUGGCUAUCUUCUGUGACUUCCUUUGCCCCCCAUCCCCUGGUUUGUUUGUUAGUUAGCUUACAUUUGGAGUAAAGCAAGGCUGUAGUUGGUA